AUGUCCGAAUCAAUUGCACCUCAACAAACAACGCUCGACAGCUGCUCAUCAUUGAGGGAAAAAUUCUCUGACCUGCAGACCUCGCCAAAGUGCCCUGUCCACGCCGCACGUCCCCGGAUCAUCCGCCGCCUAGCCCAAUUCACGAAUCACCUCCUUCGUAACAUCUCCAUUUCCUCAAUUCACUGUCAACUGCCGUAUCCGCGGCCGAACCCUACCCACAAUCCAUAUCGACAUCCCGCAAACACCCACCCUUCUCAAAAACCCUCUGUUCUUGCCGCCAUGCCAGCCAUACGCGGCGACAAGUCCAAAAAGAAGACGCGCCGUCACACUCGCGACCUCGACCAGAUCCACGCCGACCUGCGAGACGAGAAGCACCUUGCCAAGCACACAGAAUCAAAGGCUGCCGAAGACCUGCCUGGUCUAGGACAAUGGUACUGCAAGGAAUGCGCAAAAUGGUUUGAGAGCGAAACAAAUUUUCUCGCCCACCACAAAGGGAAGGUGCACAAGCGGAGAGUGAAGCAGCUCCGUGACGAACCUUACUCGCAAAAGGAGGCAGAAGCUGCCGCGGGCUUGAGGACAGACAAUGGCACAAGGACCACAGCCGCUAUGGAUGUAGAUGAGGGCGCAAAACCGGUUCAAGUUGAGGGUUGAGCUUGACGUUGGAGUCAAGAGAGUAUGGUGGGCGCGCAACCGGCACCACCAAAAUGGGCACAACUGAGUAUACAUGCCAAAUGAUUCAUCUAUGACAUGAGUGGGCUGCCAUAGGCAUGAAACCAUCCGGCUCUUUGUAUGCCUACACACUUGAUCGGUUUUGCGAACAUUGCGAAUGCAUUGCUGGAGUUUUGGAAGGAAAAAAAAUCGGUUGGACAAAUAGACGGCCGUUAGGCUCAAAAUGAUACCCCCAAACAGGCACCCAAAAACAAAUAAAAAUCUAGCUUGCUUAGAAAUACAAUCCCCGUACAGUUCU